AUUUUAUUGUUCAGUUUCUUAAAACAAACUCAUACAAAAUAAAUUAUAAUGAAAAUCUAAAAAUAGUUAGAAAACUUGACAAAAAUAAAACGCUUGGGUAAAUUAUCAUGCCGGUACUAAUACUCCCUAUACAAAAUGACUUCCCAAAUUUCUUUGUUUUUAUUUUGUUUACAUCAAUUCCUUCGUUUUAAUAUACGAUAUGGUCCGUAGUAAAAAUCCUUUGUUUAAUGAAGAAGAUAAUGAACGUAUCAGAAAUUAUAUGAAAGAGAAUGGACAUUAUCACAAUCGUUUUGUAAGAGUUAGUAAACUAAUCCCGAAAUAUACACCGAAACAAAUUUCUAAUUAUUGGAGAAAUUAUCUUAACCCAGAAUUAUGCCACGGUCCCUUAGGUAGCUGUGAAAAGAAUUUUAUUAUUGAAUGGAUUGUUAAGCAUCAAAAAUCAAGAACAAACGUGUUUAAAAAAAAUUUUAAUAAUUUCUAUUUUUAUGAAAAUAAUAUGAAUUGGAAUAAUGAAAAAGAUAAUACCCUUAAACGGCCUGGAAAACAUCAAUCAUCUAGCGAUAUAAUUCCUUGGAAACAUUUGGUUCGUGAUUUAGAAAAUCAAUUUAACAAGCGAUAUUCCGAAAAUAAAGUCAGGAAUUUUUGGAAUUCAAGGCAAAAAAGUAUUUUGAAACAAUCUAAAAAACAUAAACAAAUACGAGAAACUGUAGUUCAAAAACAAGUUUUCAUUCUUCCCCUUCCCACUACAAAUAAGAAUACUCUCCCUUCUAACAGUCAAAAUGAUUCUUCAAGAAUCUCUAUUGCGUCUCUUUUAAAUGACACUAGUACAGCUGUGUAUUCUAACAUGGAUUACUAAUGAACCAUUGUUAUAAUACAUUUCGGAAAAUAGAUUACGAAUAUAUUCCGUUAUUGU